UGCGCGAGGACUGGCGCGAGGUGUGUGGUGCUGGCUGCGUGGCCUCAGGCUUUCGCUGUCACCCCACACCCCACCCCCACCCGCUUCCCGGUGCACGCGUGUGCCGGGGCCCGCGGCAAGACGAGGGCAUCUGGGGGGCGGCUGCAAAGCCCGUGCGGCCGGAGGCGACAGUGAGGGCGAGCCUUGGAUUCGGGCCUCCGGGACCCGCACUCUCCAUUCCCAGAAACCUUCGCGCCAAGAGGAAAGGAGACCUCGGGACGCCGUUGUGCAGCUUUGCUAAGCCUCCCCGCGCCAGGCUGGAGUGUGGGAGGAAGCAAGGCAGGCUUGAUCGAGGACCCGAGAGCAGGAGCAUCUCCUCCCGCGGAGCUAUUCCAGUUUGACGUGAACCGUUUGGAGCCCUGGUGCCACCUGACAGAAACCUGCAUGCCAGGAAAGGAACACCACCCGUGCAGCGUGUGAGGAUCUCAAUACAGAAAACUGGAAACGUAGCGGAAACAGGCUUCCUUUGGACAAGAACAUCUGAACCAAGGGUGGCAGUCUUCUCAUUUCGGUUGGAGACCUUCUCACCAAGUCCAGCAGGUCCUCUUCUUUGCUGUGCACCCUCUGCUGGAAUCUGAUCCAUGAAAACCCAGAAAGUUUGUUAAGAGACCAACAUGUGCUCUCCUGCCAGUCCCAAAAUCCUGUACAGGAAUCCCCGGUUCCUGCGGUUAGCGUUUCUGCAGCUUUAUCACCAGCAACAGAGUGGUGUGUUCUGUGAUGUCCUUCUGCAGGCAGAAGGUGAGGCAGUCCCAGCCCACUGCUGCAUCCUGUCAGCCUGCAGCCCCUUCUUCACAGAGCGCCUGGAGCGGGAGAGGCCAGCCCAGGGUCGGAAGGUGGUGCUCGAGCUGGGGGGCCUGAAGAUCAGGACCCUGAGGAAGCUGGUGGACUUCUUGUACACCUCCGAGAUGGAGCUAUCUGGAGAAGAGGCCCAGGACGUGCUCUCCGCAGCCCGCCAGCUCCGCGUGUCGGAGCUCGAGUCCCUUCAGCUAGAGGGUGGGAAGCUGGUGAAGGCCCCUCAGGGCCGAAGGCUGAACAGGGAAUGCCUGCAUCCUCCCAACCCCGCGCCAGUCUCUGCCAGGGUGGUGGCAUCCAGCCGCCGGCCUCGAGCUCCCCUGCCUGUCUCCCAGACGCCCUGUCCUCUCGGGGCAGCGAGACUGAAGUCCUCGGGGAAGGAGGAGGGGCACCCGGAGAAGAACCACCGACAGAACCCGGAGAACUCAUCUGGCACUCUCCUGCUCAAGAGGAAGGCCAGGGCCUGCCCAGCUGCACAAGAAACAAGGGCUUCACCAUCGAGCCAUGGUCAGGGGCCCAAAGAAAACAGGAGUGGCCCCGCCCACGGUCCUAUGGCACUCUCCCCACCCAGCUUGUACACCUCCGUUGACGAGCGACUCCUGCCCAGGAAGAUCAAGCUAAGCCGCUCAAAGCCGUCUCCCGAUGUCUGCACGUCCAAGCCCGCCAGCCUCCUCAGCGGACCCAGCUCAGUGCCCACAGCCCCUGGCCGGCGGCUGUGGCGGCAGAAGAGCACCAAUAAGGGAGUGCCGGAGGACAAGCAGAAAACGGGGCGAGCCAGUCCCCUCGGGAGCAGCCCAGGCACCUCCGGUCUUGGGAAGACAGGUGGGAGCAAGAAGCGGAGCCCCGAAGUCAGGGCCCCUCACCCAGACUCUGCGGAGGAGGGGCAGGUUGGGAGAGUGAAGCUUCGCAAGAUUGUCAACGGGACCUGCUGGGAGGUAGUUCAGGAGCCUCCCCUCAGGAUCUCUCAGGAUAGCCCUCAAAUCCCAGAACUCAAAGACUUAGGGGAGCCUCUGGGGACACAGCCAUCCUCAGGUAACGAGCAAGACCUGUCAUCCUCGAGAGCAAACCUGUGUAAGGACUCCCCCGUGUGCUCCAGGCUACAAGACACUUUGCUCUCUGCCGGCCGCUCCCCAGACCACCCAGCGGAGGAGUCCGAGUUUGGGUCCAGCCCAGAGCUGGCGGGGAAGGAACCUGGACUGGACGUGGACUGCGGAGAGCCCUACACGUUCAACCCAGCCCUGCUCGGGCAGCCCUGCGAGGCUGAGGAGUACCGCAUCACCAGCACCGCCGCCACCAGCGAGCUGGAGGAGAUCCUGGACUUCAUGCUCUGCGGCUCCGACAUCGAGCCGCCUGUGGAGUGUCUGGGGAGUCCCCAGGCUGAGGGCUGCAGGACCCCGAGUUACCACCUGACAGAAACAGGCAAGACCUGGAUCGAAGGGGAAGAAUGGUGUUUGCCGGACGUGGAGCUCUGGCCCAGGGAGCUCACAGAACUGGAAAAGGAGCCUCUUGGUGAGAACAAAGGGCCAGCUGGGCCCUUCAGCCCCCUAGUCCUGCCCUCUGAGAACAAAGAGCCAGCUGAGCCCUUCAGCCCCCUUGUCAUGCCCUCCGAGGUAAGUGAGGGGGAGGAGGUGUUUUCAGUGGGAAGCUCUUGGACUCCAGACCUGGAAAUUAGCAGCUCCCAGCCACUGGAAGGUCAGACAGACAAACUUCUCCACAUGGACUCCCUUGACCCUCCCCAAAGGUCCUAUGGAGACCUCUCGCCUCCCUGUUCAAACUGGGUGGACACUGGCCUGGAAGUGUCCCUAUCAAUGGAUGAGGUAUUAUACCCAGCUCCAGAGGUAGGCAAGGAGGGAUCUGGCAACUCUGAGUGGGUGGGUCCACUUCCUGCCAGCCCUGAAGAGGAGAUUGAUGUAGACUCACUAUCAGAGGGGGUUGUACCUACGAGUAUCUUCUCCGUGUGGCCUGACCCUUCCUCAGAGUCAGAAACAGAGGUAGAUAUACUAACGUAG